AAGGAUCACUAUAUAUCACACACCUGCUAUUGCUCUUUCAUUGCAAGAAGCUCCCUACCUUCCUUGUUCUCUCUAUAUAUAGAUUGAUAAAGAUUUCUUGUAACCGGAACAAAAAAUGGCAGAGGAGAAGGGUUCAAUUUCCAAAGACGUUACUGAACUUAUUGGUAAAACACCAUUGGUGUAUCUCAACAAUGUUGUGGAUGGUUGUGUGGCCCGUAUUGCUGCAAAGCUGGAGAUGAUGGAACCUUGCUCAAGUGUCAAAGAUAGGAUUGGGUAUAGUAUGAUCACAGAUGCAGAGGAGAAGGGUCUAAUCAAGCCGGGUGAGAGUGUCCUGAUUGAGCCUACGAGUGGCAACACUGGCAUAGGGCUGGCAUUCAUGGCAGCUGCUAAGGGCUACAGGCUGAUCAUUACCAUGCCUGCUUCAAUGAGUCUAGAGAGAAGAAUGGUUCUCCUUGCUUUUGGAGCUGAGUUGAUCCUUACUGAUCCUGCCAGGGGCAUGAAGGGGGCUGUUCAGAAGGCUGAAGAGAUAUUGGCAAAGACACCUAAUGCUUAUCUUCUGCAACAAUUUGAAAAUCCUGCCAACCCACAGAUUCACUACGAGACAACUGGACCAGAGAUUUGGAAAGGGUCAGGUGGGAAAGUUGAUGCCUUUGUUUCUGGGAUAGGGACUGGGGGAACAAUAACAGGUGCAGGGAAGUAUCUCAAGGAACAAAACCCUGAUAUAAAGAUUUAUGGUGUAGAACCAGUUGAAAGUGCAGUGCUAUCUGGAGGGAAACCUGGUCCCCAUAAGAUCCAGGGAAUUGGCGCUGGCUUCAUCCCUGGAGUUUUGGAUGUCGGUUUACUUGACGAAACUGUUCAAAUAUCAAGUGAAGAAGCCAUUGAAACUGCAAAGCUUCUUGCCUUGAAAGAAGGAUUGCUGGUGGGGAUAUCAUCUGGAGCUGCUGCCAUUGAGAUAGCAAAGAGGCCUGAAAAUGCUGGAAAGCUCAUUGUUGUGAUCUUCCCUAGCUUUGGGGAGCGUUACCUAUCCUCCGUGCUUUUCGAAUCCGUGAAGGAGGAGGCGGAGAACAUGGUUUUUGUGCCUUGAGGUGGAGAGCAUGGUUUUUGUGCCUUGAGGUGGAGAGCAUGGCUUAUAUGAGCCUGAUGCGGAGGCUUUUCUGCUCUGUGUAUCUGUAUUAACAAAGGGCUUGUGGGAUGGAUCAAGAAACUUCAAUCAUAGUGUUGUGAGAUCAAACAAAGUCCCGUUGACAGUAUAUUGUGUUAUUAAAAACUAUGCAAUUGUUGAGUUCAAUUGGAUGCAAUGAA